GUAUGUUUAAAGACAUUAAAGAAAUUUAAAACAUUAUUUGAGGAAAAGUAUGAUGGUAAAAGUCCUUCAAGAGACGACACAGAAAACCUAUUCAGGAAAUUUUGUAAAAAUUUAAAAGGAAAGGAAGAAAGAUUUUGUUAUUAUGUUGGUGGUGUAGAAACAUCAGCUACUGGUAUAUUAAAUAAAAUCUCAGACCCAAUCAAAAAUCAUCUACCUGAAAGUUUGAUUUGUGAAAAAUUGAAAAAAGCUGAUAGUCAGAUUUGUGAUUUGAAAUAUGAUAAAAGUAUAGAUUUUGCCACUGUUAAGUUAAAUAAAUUGAAAGUGAAAGAUUUGAAGAAGAUUUUAGAUAAUUGGGGAGAAUACAAUGCUUGUAAAGGAUGUGCUGAAAAAUCAGAUUUCGUGAAAAAAAUCGAAGAACUUUUACCAAAAUAU